GGAUACGUUUCUUGGUCCCUCUGGCAUGGCCUGCCUCCAAUGAUCUACUACUUUCCUCUGCAAACACUGGAACUCACCGGGCUUGAAGUUUUUGGCCUAGCGUACCUUUCUCCGAUAUUCCUAACAAUUCCUUCUUUCUGGAAGUUGGUUAACAAAAAGUGGAUGCUCACCCUGCUGCGGAUAGUUACUGUUGGCAGCAUAGCCUCCUUCCAGGCUCCAAAUGCCGAACUCCGGCUAGUGAUCCUGGCGCUUGGCGUGUCUUCCUCGCUGAUAGUGCAAGCUGUGACGUGGUGGACAGGAAGCGGUUUGCAAAGGUACCUCAGAAUCUGGGGAUUCAUUUUAGGGCAGAUCCUUCUUCUUGCUCUCCGCAUAUGGUACACUUCACUAAACCCAAUCUGGAGCUAUCAGGUGUCCAACAGAGUGAUACUGACGUUGAGUGCCAUAGCCACCCUUGAUCGCAUUUCCACAGAUGGUGACUGCAGUAAACCGGAGGGAAAAAAGACCAGCGAGGCAGCUAAGGGGAUGGCCUGUAGGCCUCACUGGUUGUUGGCAGGGGCUGCCUUUGGCAGUCUUGUGUUCCUCACCCACUGGAUUUUCGGAGAAGUCUCUCUUGUUUCCAGAUGGGCAGUGAGUGGGCAUCCCCACUCAGGGCCAGAUCCAAACCCAUUUGGAGGUGCAGUUCUGCUGGCUUUUGUGAGCGGAUUGAUGCUUCCAGCUUGUUCGUGGUUCCCGGGCACCAGUUUAAUGUGGUGGGUUACAGGAGCGGCCUCGGCCGCCGGCCUCCUGGGCCUGCCCGCGGGGGCGGCCGCCGCCUCUGGCUGUGCGCUCGCGCUCUUCACGGCGUCCAGGUGGCCUGCAGCGCUCGGACACCUUGUCAGCUCAGGGUCGAGCCCGGGGAAAGCCAUGACCGUUGCCAUGAUGUUUUAUCUUCUAGAUACAUUUUUCUGUGCAUGGUGCACAGCUUUUAAAUUUGUUCCAGGAGGUGUGUACGCUAGAGAAAGAUCCGAUGUGCUUUUGGGGACAGUGAUGCUAAUUAUUGGGUUGGAUAUGCUAUUUGGUCCUAAGAAAAGUCUUGACUUUCUCCUUCAAACAAAAAACAGUCCUAAAGUGCUUUUCAGAAAGAGUGAAAAAUACGUGAAACUUUUUUUGUGGCUGCUCGUUGGCGUGGGGCUGUUAGGCCUGGGACUGCGGCAUAAAAGCUAUGAGAGGAAGUUGGGCAAAAGGGCACCAACCACAGAGGUCUCUGCCGCCAUCUGGCCUUUCAGGUUUGGCUACGACAAUGAAGGAUGGCCUAGUCUAGAAAGAUCAGCUCGACUGCUUAAUGAAACAGGUGCAGAUUUCAUAACAAUUUUGGAGAGCGAUGCUUCUAAGCCCUAUAUCGGGAACAAUGACUUAACCAUGUGGUUAGGGGAGAAGCUGGGUUUCUAUACUGACUUUGGCCCGAGCACAAGGGAUCACACUUGGGGGAUUAUGGCUCUGUCGAGACACCCCAUUGUGAAGUCGGAGCACCACCUUCUUCCGUCGCCAGAGGGCGAGAUCGCGCCAGCCAUCGCCCUGACUGUGAACAUCUCGGGCAAACUGGUGGAUUUCGUUGUGACACACUUUGGGAAUCACGAAGAUGACCUCGACAGAAAACUUCAGGCUAUUGCUAUUUCAAAACUCCUGAAAAGUAUCUCUAAUCAAGUGAUAUUUCUGGGAUAUAUCACCUCGGCACCUGGUUCCAGAGAUUAUCGACAGCUUAUUGAACAUGGAAAUGUGAAGGAUAUUGACAGCACGGAUCAAGACAGAUGGUGUGAAUACAUUAUGUAUCGAGGGUUGAUCAGAUUGGGUUAUGCAAGAAUCUCCCACGCUGAACUGAGUGACUCUGAAAUUCAGAUGGCCAAAUUUAGGAUCCCUGAUGACCCCAUUAAUUAUAGAGACAACCAGAGAGUGGUCACAGACCACAGGGAAGUUCCCAAGAAAAUUCAUUUCAAUCCCAGAUUUGGAUCCUACAAAGAAGGACACAAUUAUGAGAACAACCAUCAUUUUCAUAUGAGUACACCGAAAUACUUUUUGUGAACUGUUUAAAACCAGAAUUCACUGACUGAGCAAGUCUAAGGAGAACAAAAGUAUGUAAGAUGAAAAGAUGGAUGAAAGUGGGAAACUACACACAAAGAACCUCAAUUUUGAAAAUGUAUGGUGUCUAUGCAGUGGGAAAUUCUAUCAAUUUAUAAAAUGUGUUGCUUAAUAAAAGCAUUUCUC